AACUUCUGUCAACCAGGCAUAUCUUUAAAUCGAUUGUCUCUCGUUAAAUUUAUAGCAAUAAUGGUUUGCGCCGUGUGUCAGUUCUCUUUAGUGUUUGCCGAUGUUGGAGGUGUUUGGGGUCUGUCCCUGGAAAAAAGGCAUAGAGGAUGGCACAAGUUAAAGUGCAGACCACGGCAAACCUCUCUGGAUCUGCCAUGUCUCCUGCUAUGCAGCUCCUGGCAGUGCCCACUGCAGGUCCUCUAGGUCUGCAGUCCUCUAUGAACGGAUCACUUCCAUCCUCCAGUACCAGCUGUUCCAGUCCUGCAGCUGGGCUUGUGGAGUCUACUGUUUCUGCAAACGCACCAGCUUCUCCCCAGGAAAACAUGGCAAACCCCAAAGAGAAAACUCCAAUGUGUCUGGUAAAUGAGUUAGCCCGUUUCAACAGAAUUCAGCCCCAGUACAAGCUCCUGAAUGAACGAGGGGCUGCACAUGCAAAGAUCUUCACUGUGCAGCUGACUCUUGGAGAACAGAUCUGGGAAGCAGAAGGAAGCAGCAUCAAAAAGGCGCAACAUUCAGCUGCAGCCACGGCAUUGACUGAGACGACCCUGCCCAAGCCAUCACUGCGGCCGCCCAAGGGGGAGACUAACAGCAACCCAGGCAGUAUAACCCCUACUGUUGAACUGAAUGGCUUAGCAAUGAAAAGAGGAGAACCUGCCAUUUACAGAUCCUUGGACCCAAAGCCUUUGCCAAAUUACAGAGCCAAUUACAACUUCCGGGGCAUGUUCAAUCAAAGGUACCAUUACCCAGUACCUAAGAUAUUUUAUGUCCAACUGACUGUGGGGAACAGUGAGUUUAUAGGAGAAGGAAAGACGCGUCAGGCUGCUAGACACAAUGCUGCAAUGAAAGCCCUUCAAGCUCUACGGAACGAGCCCAUCCCUGAUAAAACACCUCAGAGCAUAGAAGGAAAGAAUGAAGCUGAGGAGGACAGUGAUGCCAGCAAGUCUGAGAUCAGCCUGGUGUUUGAAAUCGCACACAAAAGAAACGUGCCUGUCAGCUUCGAGGUGAUUAAAGAGUGUGGUCCACCACACAUGAAGAGCUUUGUCACGAGAGUGAAGGUUGGGGAUUUCACAGCAGAGGGAGAGGGAAACAGUAAGAAACUUUCCAAAAAGCGGGCUGCAAUAUUGGUACUACAAGAACUGAAGAAACUUCCUUUCCUCCCUGUGAUUGAAAAACCUAAACUUCAUUAUAAGAAACGUCCUAAAACUAUAUUGAAGACUGGCCCAGAAUAUGGUCAGGGAAUGAACCCCAUCAGUCGCUUGGCCCAGAUCCAACAGGCAAAAAAGGAGAAGGAACCGGAGUAUGCUCUGCUAUCCGAGAGAGGAAUGCCCCGUCGCAGAGAGUUCAUCAUGCAGGUGAAGGUCGGCAACGAAUCUGCAACUGGAACUGGUCCUAAUAAGAAAGUGGCAAAACGGAAUUCAGCAGAGGCUAUGCUGCUGCAGCUUGGGUACAAGGCAUCUUCCCCUGCACAGAGUCAAGCAGAGAAGCCUGUGGAGAACAAAGGCUGGAACGGACAAAAGGCAGCUUUUCCUGAACCAACAAGUAACACUCAGAAGGGAAUACUCCAUCUCUCCCCUGAUGUUUAUCAGGAAAUGGAAGCAAGCCGGAACAAGACUGGUCCCGCAGCUGUUGUUAACUAUCUGCAUCCAAAAGACAUUGGCCAGGGUUCCGGUUCUUUCUUUAGCACCACCAGCAACACGGCAACCAUUGCCAGGGAACUCCUGCUCAGUGGCAUCUCUCCGACUGCUGAAGCCAUAGGUUUGAAAGGAAAAGCACCUGCUUCGACCUGCGCCUCUGUGCAGCCUUCACAACAGCUGGAGUACUUGGCCAGGAUUCAAGGCUUUCAGGUGCAGUAUAAUGAUCUUCAAAAUGGCAAAGAGUGCAUGACCUACCUAAGUCUUUCACCUGUGCAGAUGACUUUCCAUGGCAUUGGGAGCUCCAUUGCAGCUAGCCAUGAUCAGGCAGCCCUAAGUGCCUUGAAACAGCUGUCAGAACAAGGACUGGACCCUGUGGAAGGUGCACUGAAGGUAGAAAACGGAUCACGUGAAAGACAAGUGAAACAUCUGGGCGAGAAGGCAGACAAUAAACAGACUAACUCAGGCACCACUGGUCAGGACUGCAAGGAUUCAAAGGCCGUCUUCUAGGAGCCCCCCCAGCGCCCCCGGCCGCCACCUCAUCCUUAUAAACCUGUCAACACACAAUAGGGUGGAUGUGUAUGAGCAAAUGAAUGACUAAAUACCAUUAUUUGAGUCUAUGUGAAGACAACACUAUCCUAACACAAAAAAAGAUUAAAAAAUACACAAAAAUGAGUAAGAAUAAUUAAGUAGAUACAUUGCAUGAUACUGGUAAAUCAAGGGAAAUCAAAAAGGUAUAGAGUAUUUCCACUUUUGUACAUGAAUAUACAUUUUAAAGAUAGUUGCCCAUUGGCAGAAAAAAAAACACCACAAUUGUGCUACUGAAAGCUAAAUGAAACAUUUGUUAGUAGAAUAUCAACAUCAAACUGAAAUACUGAUGAUGUGGUUCAGUUUCAAUUUAAAAAAAAAAAUAGUGUUUUAAGUUCAGUUUUUUUUCCAUUUUUAUUUUAUAAAUAAUGCUUGGGUAUUUAAAAGUUAACCAAUGACAGUGCUGUGAGAGUUGUAGUUGUUGUCUUCAUAUAUAGUCAUGCAGCUUAUCUUUUAUGCUGACAUUAAAACAUUCAUCAUUCUAUAUGAAUAUGUAUGACUUGCAAAUACAAAUACCAUACACUGAAUUUGUAUGCAAAAAAAAAGAAGAAAAGUUUUCAAAAAAAAUUGACAAACAAAAAAAAUUGACAAAAAAAAGCUUACUAAUACAUGAACUGGUGGUAGAACUGAUCAGCAGAGGUAAAACUUCAAGAAUGGCAGUUUAGAAUUUGAGUGUCAUGAACCUAUUCUUCCCCCUCUUCCUCUCUGUGAUGUGUGUUGUAUUGACCCACUGUUUGCAUUAGCUCAGCCUUUUGAAUAACUGCAUUCUAAUCUGGAAGCGCAUUUUAGGCCUAGCACCAAGGAAAAUCUGGAAGUUAGGGAGUUAAUUCCACAACAAUGAAGAAGAAAUAAGCGUUAGACCUCAUAGUAUAACUAGAACACAAAGAACAGUAUGUACACUGAUUGCUGGUGCACUCUAUAACAGCUACUUGUUAUUAAUGAAUGGCCAAAUAUAGUAAAACCACAUCAGUUCAUGUUUAACUUUGUAUUGUGUGGUUUUUUGGGGUUUUUUUUGCGUGUGUGUGUGUUAAAGGAUGAGUAACUGGAAUACACCUCAAAUACGAACAGUGCCACCUUGUUAUAAGCAACCCUUUGUAGCACAUGACUGGAUAUAAGGUGCCUAACAAACAUACCUAUCAGUGUGGUAAUUCCACAAUGCAUACCUUGGAGUGUUUUAUUGCUUAAUCACAGACUGCUGAGGAUCUUUCAGCCAAUCAGAGCACAUGUCUCACAUGCUUUAUUCCAUGAAUUCCAACACAGAGAAACACAGUUCAUGACAUCAGCCAUACCAUAUUGAGUUUUUCCUGUGCUGUAGUUUUAGUAUCAGCACAGUUGACGUUGACGUCAACUGCUUUAAAAAAGAAAAAAGAAAAGAAAAGAUACCUGAGGCACGUGUUGGAAUUCCAUUCAACUGUAAACUCAAUUCAGAACAGUGACAUCACAAUCAGGCACCUACCUCAGCCACUUAACAGUAUUCUUUUUAUUAACCCUUUCCCUCUUUUCAAUGAAAAUGACAAUUAACUAAAUAAAGGUUGGUCAUGACUAGAAAACAAA